GGCGGGAAAUCCUUCCCUAGACUUCCAAAACCAGAGGACCUUCUUGUAGCUGCUUCUGCUUCUGCUUCUGUUUCAGUUUCCCGAAGUUCCUCUCUGGAAGCUCAGCUUUGAUAGCCAGACUGGGAAAGGGGACGGCUUAAGACUUGGAGGCAGAGGAUGGAGGACCAACCAGAAAGCCAAUGUCACUGAAUCGAAGAGCCCUUUGCAGGGAAUAAGGUGUAAGAGGACUGAAAAGGACAAUUUUGAAUACAUUUAGCACGAAAAUGCCUCUCUGUGUAAUGCCUCACUUGAUAUUAAUAUCCAUGGGGCCAUCCAAAGAAGAUCACCUCUGUCUUAACUUUCAAGAUUAAGGAUGGGAGCCUAAUAAUGUACUGACCACUUGAGGAGAAGGAAGUAAAAGUUUUGGCAAAGAUGGAAGAUUCUACCCAGAAACACAUAGUCCAGUUAACAGGAUUUAGAGACAAGGAGAAAGAAGAUCUAACCAAAUUGCUUUUAAAACUAGAUUGCAUUUUUAUUAAGAGUAAGCAAUACAGAAAUUGCACACAUCUCAUAGCAAAGCGUGCUUGUAAGAGUGAAAAAUAUUUAGCAGCUUGUGCAGCAGGAAAGUGGGUACUAACUAAGGACUACAUAAUUAAUAGUGCCGAAAGUGGCAGAUGGCUCGAUGAAACAACUUAUGAAUGGGGAUAUAAAAUUGAAAAAGACUCCCAUUAUUCACCUCAAAUGCAAUCUGCACCUAAAAGAUGGCGCAAAGAACUAACAAGCACUGGUGCUCCAGGGGCCUUCCACAGAUGGAAAGUUGUCCUCCUGCUUAAAGAAGGUAGUAAAGGAAGAGAUUCUCUUACAAGAAUUUUGAAUGCUGGAAAGGCGCAGGUUUUUCUACCAAAUAAUUCACCAAGUGGAAUUACUCAUGUGAUCUCCUCGGAUACAAAUUUAAGUACUGAAAAAGCCAAGUACACCUUUGAAGGUCCCUACUAUCCUGUACAGUAUUUAGUAGAUUUUCUAUUUUUAGAGAAAGAAUCUCAGAACGAUGGAGAUGUUCAAAGGAAUUCUCUUUUAACACAACAUGCUAAACAAGAACCAACUGACCGUGAACUUGCUGACCUGAAAAAGGCAUUAAGAAAGCACAUUUGUAGAGUGGAGGCUAUGAAAUACAAUUACAUGGAAUUAACUAAAAGUACAGGGUGCAGGAUAGAGGUUAAAAACAUUGAACUUCCCAGAAAUGUAUGUAAUAUAAUUGAAAACCUCAUUGAAGGGCAGUUCUUUCCAGAAGCACUUGAGGAGCUAGUUGUCCUACAGCCACACUACAUCCCUCCGGUCUGUCUGCUUCAUGCCCUUCUAAGGAACAUGCUAGAGGGCAAUAUAAAGACCUUGACUGAUCGAUACUUCCAUGUUUUGUCAGUUCUUUUGCAUCUUCAUCCUCCUUGGAAGUCUCCUGCCAUGUUGAAUUAUUAUCUAGAAUUUUUUCAGUGUCCAAAUUGUAUGAAAGGAGCAUGGUCUUUUCUAGAAGUACUUAUCAGGUCCUGCCUCUUCAGUGAAAGUUUUUGUCACCCAGUUCCAGACGGAGUUGUUUCCAAGAUGCUCAAGAUGGCAUUACUAACAUUCUUCCUCAAGCUAGUGAAAAGUGAAGUCCAACAUCUGAGUCACAAGUUAUAUGAAGGGGCAGAUUCUCAGAGCCUAAAAGUCCCAGAACAGGCCUUUCUUCUUGAAACUUUCUGGUCUGGAAAUGAAACCUCAGUGUUUUUUACCAAGCCAUUAAAUAUGCUUUUGGAUUGGACUAUAUAUUCUCAAAAACAGAAAUUCAGAUCUAACGAUGCCUUCAAAAAUAAAAUGGCUUAUCUGUUGAUUGAGAUUCUUGGAGCAGUCAUAGAAUAUUGGAUCUAUCUUGGUCUUAAGAGGGACAGAAAGGUGAUGCAACAUAUGUCUGAUCAACUAGGAAAUUACGUUGCUGUUUCUUGUGAUGAUUUUUCUUCACAAGAGUUAGAGAGUUUCAUUAGUUCCUUAUCUUCAUCCUGGCUUCAGAUGUUCAUUGCAGAGUCAAUCUUUAAAAAGUUAUGUUUACAGAGCUGCAUCAGUAUUUCUCCUGGACCACUCACUCUUCAGAAAAUGGUAUGUGCUUAUUUGCCUGCAUUGGGAAAAUUUGCUAUGCUUAAUUCAAGAAAGGGGCAGAAACGGAAGAAAAUAGGACAUUGGCUUGGCCCUGACUCUCAGAGAGCACUGAAGACAUUAAGUCAUGGAAAUCAGAACCAAGGCAAGGUCUUGCCUGAGGCACUUGAGCUGAACCAUUCCUUGUCAUUAAAAAGGUCGCAAAAGAAAUGGGAAGGAGAGUUGUCAUGUUCCAAAGGGAAUUGCCAUUCUUCACUUCCAAAAAUGCGUUUUCACAAGACCAAUUUAAGAGGAGAGACAGCCCUGCAUAGAGCUUGCAUAAAUAACCAAGUGGAGAAAUUGAUUCUUCUUCUCUCUUUGCCAGGAACAGACAUUAAUGUUAAAGACUAUGCUGGCUGGACGCCUUUGCAUGAAGCCUGUAACCAUGGCAACACAGUGUGUGUCCAGGAAAUUUUGCAACGUUGUCCAGAGGUAGAUCUGCUCACUCAAGUGGACGGGGUGACUCCUUUGCAUGAUGCACUGUCAAACGGACAUGUAGAAAUUGGCAAGCUGCUACUCCAGCAUGGGGGCUCGGUGCUUCUCCAGCAGAGGACUUCUAAAGGAAAACUGCCUUUGGAUUAUGUGCUAACCCCCCAAAUCAAAGAAGACCUCCUGGCUGCCCUACAAGUCAAAGGUUCAAGUAGAGGCCUUCAUGUACAAGCAGAGGAACAUUUCUACCAGGAGCAGAUUGAAUUUGGCUCAUUCUUACUUGGUAGAAUGCUGUUGAAUUUUUGUUCAAUAUUUGACUUGUUUUCAAGCUUUUCUCUUUUUAAGGAGUUAAUUCAUCUACGUGAAAGACUGUUUACUUCUCCUAGGACUUGCAAGGAUGCCACCAGUCUCCAUACUGACUGGAUUAUGGAUCUCUAUGCUAGAGAUCUUGUGACACUGAAGAAGCUCCCAAGUCUUCUUAAGGAGAUACCUCAGAACUUGGAAGUGUUUCCGGGAGUUCAGACACAGGCCUUACUGAUGGCACUAAAAACUAUGCUAGAUCAGUCAGAGACUCUUCAUGACACUAGUUAAUAUUGAUAGACUUUCUAAAAUAGCUUAAAUUCUAUACUUAUAAACACAAUCUUUUUCAUGAUUUGUUUUAGAGGUGCUUGUUAGAGCAUUCCUUUUUCAGAAAAAUGUAUGUAAUUCUGCUCUCCAAAAGAGAAAUGCAAGUUAUUUACAAAUUGAAUAGAAAUUUUAAAAAUUGCAUUGUAUGUUUAAAAGUUGAUUCUUGUUUGCACUGUAACCUUUGUCAUCUAAAUGCUCAUUAAAAAUCUAGCGAAAUUAUUUUGUCUCUCCCCUAUGGAUCUGAGAAUCCUGGCAGAUAUCAGUGCAAUAUAUACACAUAUUCACUUUUAAGGACAUAGUUGGGAAACAUUCUGGGUUUUUCCUAAAAUAAAUAUUUCUAAAGUUUGCAGCAUUAACUAAUGCUCUGGUUUGUUAUGGCUUUUUUUUAAAAAAUAAGAUGAAAUGGAAGAGAAUAUUAAGCCUGAAUUCAUUUGUAUCUGCUGUGUAUCUACACAAGGUGUAUUGCUGCUACAAGUAGCCAGUGAAGUGUGGCACUUAUGAAUUGAGUUGAUCCAAGGUCUUUCUAUGCCAUAUGACGACACAGAAUAGAAAUGUUUCUGUUUAAGAUCCGUUCCUAGUAGCGAUUCGUGGUAAAGCUAAAAGCGAAAGCCGGGUGGUCACAGCCACUAGUAGGAAUGUUCUAUUUUUCUAUAGCUGGCACAGAGACAUGAAGACUUCCAUUUGGCUUUCAUAUAGCUUUCGUGUAUGAUCUCGCAGCAAUUGAUCUGCACACUUUGAUUUUUAUCAUAGAAAUAUUUUCAUAAGGUAUAGAUAAUCAAUGAUCAAUUACAGGUGUUAUAAUCUCAUUGUCAUCCCCUCAAAUAGUGGACCGGUUCUGGCUAAAUUCUGUUUUUUGCAUGAUUUUCCCGUGUUAUAUUUAAAAGUUUAUGUUUUACACAUAAGCUAGUCUAGGGAAUAUCACAUUUUAACAUCUGACAGACCUUAUAGAGAAGAUGUAGUGUGGGACAAUAAAACAAGCAAUGGACAGGACACUGGAAAAUAGGAACUAUAGUCUGGUCUGUACCAGUCCCAACAAGCUGGCUGUUGAGCAAGGUCCUUUUGGUACCUCAGUUGCCUCAUCAGUAAAAUGUUCAGUUUGUUUUAAAUUAUCUUGUAAGUUUGUUGGGUUUUUUUUUUCCUCGCACUGUGAUUCUGCCUGAUACAUCUCUUGCCCCUUAGUGAACACUACAGAAUAAACUAAACGAAUGAAAACUGAAUGUGGAGAAGAUAGUUUAUCAAAGUAAGGAAAACAGGGUAAGGCAGAGGAGAUAAAUUUCAGAGUAUAACACAUGUCCUGUCUUUAGUAGUUCAUUUAGACUGUCGGUUUUUUUCCAUUGUAAUGGAAAAAAUAGUGUAUUUGUCUACAUUGAAUCAUCAUGAAAAUGUUUUCUUUUAGUUGCAGUGUUUAUAUUUUCUAAAUGAAUUUUGUACCUGUCAAGCUUUCUCUUACCAUGAAUAAAAUAUAAGAUAUGUACAGUGACAUAAUUUGAAUUAGAUGCAAGGUAAAAUUACCUUCCUGGCUUUCAUUCUCAUCUUUUAAAAAUUGCUAUAUAUCUCCUAUGUACAUGUCACAAAACGAGGUAUUAUUGGGAUUUAUGAAAACCUUUGAAAGAGGAGGUCCUAGCCAGUAAGAAGUUCAUAUUUUCAUAAUUUUUAAAUCUGAUGGAAUUUCAAAUUUUCACCUGAGUUAAUAUGGUUUAACUUGUACAAUGUGUCUUAAUCCUGCUAUAUACAACUUAAUUCUCAUAUUUGUAUUUUAAAAUUCAUAAUCUGUCAGCACAAAGUUUUUAGUUCUCAGUGACGUGAAAAAAAAAAGUUAUGUACAAUAUCUAAAAAGAGACCCAAGUUAGGGCAUUCAUAGUUACUGUGUACUUAACCAAGACUCAGAUUCUUUUAAAUAAGCCCUCAAACUAGGUACAUGUACAUCUGGUUGCCAACUAUUAAGCCUGAAAGAUUUUCUGAUGUUAAUUACAAAGUGUCAAAAUAAGGCCUUCCCUGAGAAUUCAAGUUAUAUGAAAGUUCAACAUUGUUUUUCUGUUAGUUAGUUUUAUUUUUACUGUAUAUUCCAAAAGGAUCAUCCACAUACGAAGCUGGAACCUUUCAAUGAAACAGAUUUUUUUAGUUAGUUUUUUUUUUUUUUAACUAGAUCUGUGAUUUCAUCUAUACUGAAUAUUCCCCAUAUAAAACUAUCUCAGUGGAUACAGAUUGGUAACUUGUCUUUAAACUUACAGCUGUAGAUUGCCUGUGGCUCUGAGAGGUGAUUUGCCACAUAGUAUGUCAAAGGCAGGAUGUCAUCCUGACUUCGGGUCCAUCUACCAUGCUCUUUGGCUUCUCAAUUGUCUUUGCAUUGACUACAAAGGAUAAAAGAUGACACGUAUUUAAAUGUUCUUAAUUUUCUGUGACUCCACUAAUAAAUAGGAAAACAAAUGUGUUUUAACUUGCCUUUCAGCUUUGUGCCUCAGAAACAAAGCCCUAGUAUUUGUAGCUUAAAUGAUGCCUUCCUAAAUCUAAAGAGCAAAUGUUGUGAGAGUCCUGCUCUUGGAGACAAA